UGUGCUCCCUACUACUAUGCUCCUGUGUCGACCAGUAUUUCCUCGUUCCCGCCAAUAUGGCAGCCCGCGUCAAUCCUUCCCAACGACACCAACGCAAUGAACAAAUGGGCAGCUAUCUCCCCCAAUGUCCCGACUAAUAUACAGCCAAAAGGCACCAUCACUGGCAAUUUCACAAACGUCACAUACAACGCGACUGACGCCGAUUGUUGGUGGACGUAUCACCAGUGCGUUACGCCUAAAUUGGCAGGGCUUCCGAUGGAUAUCUCUAGUGUUCCAGAACCCAAGACCCUCGGAUAUGGAUUUGACGAUGGACCAAACUGUUCACAUAACGCAUUUUAUGAUUAUUUGACAUCUCAGAAACAAAAAGCCACGAUGUAUUAUAUUGGCAGUAACGUUUUGGACUGGCCCCUCGAGGCACAGAGGGCAAUUACCGAUGGCCAUGAAGUUUGCGUCCAUACCUGGUCACAUCGCUACAUGACGUCUUUCAGCAGUCCCGAUGCGUUCGCGGAGUUGUACUACAGUCAGUUCCUUCCCAUGCAAGCAAUAAAGCUUGUCACUGGAGUUACACCCACUUGCUGGAGGCCUCCGUAUGGUGAUGUCGAUGAUCGUAUUCGCGCUAUUGCCAACGCUCUUGGACUUCGUACUAUCCUGUGGAAGUACGAUUCGUCUGAUUGGAAAGUAGGUACAGCAGGCGUCACUGAGGCCACGGUGGAUCAAAAUUACCAGAGUUUCAUCGAUGCUGCCAAUAACGGGACGUUUGAUACUGUCGGUGCCAUCAUGCUCACGCAUGAGUUGAACAAUUAUACCAUGUCUGAGGCGAUCAAGUGGUACCCAUCUAUCAGGGCUGCCUUCAACUACGUCGUCCCAGUUGGAGUGGCGUUGAACAAAUCUCAGCCGUACGCCGAGAGCACGCCUACCCAGCCAUCAUUUUCACAAUGUCGGUAA